UAUUGAAAGUUGUAGCCCCAAAUUGUUACUUUUAGGUAUCGGUUGGUCGCGGAAUUAUUACUGCGCACGCCCUCACAAGUUUGGAAGCUCGUGGCAUUCUUUUCGUGUCUCCUGGAAUGGAGACAUAUGAUGGGAUGAUAGUUGGUGAGCAUUCACGAGAUGCUGAUCUAGACGUAAAUCCUGUAAGAACAAAAGAACUUACAAACAUUAGAGCUCCGGGAAAAGAUGAAAAUGUUCGAUUAUCGCCGCCUCGCUUGAUGACUCUGGAGGAAGCCAUUGGAUAUGUUGCCUCUGAUGAGCUCAUUGAGGUUACCCCUAAGGUUAUAAGAUUAAGAAAAAGAUACCUUGAUGCCAACAAGAGGAAGAUGAUGAGAAAUAAGCCUACAUCAUGGUAACAAAAGCUUUUAAUUUCCUCCCCCACACUAAAGCUUAUUUAUUUAUUAUUCAUGUGUUGCUCAAAAAAGUUUUGGCAUGUAACAUGUUAUUAAUAUUUAUUUGUAUACUAUAUUUACCACAAAAGAUAGUUAAGAAAAAUAAAAUGUUU